CUGACAGCGGGAGCUGUGGUUGUCAUCCGUAUUGUUAUCCAACAUCUAGAAAUAGUACAUGCAACUGCGAUUCUAAUGAGAAAUUAAAAUGGCUGGAUGAUUCAGGACUUCUUCUGGAUUCUAGACGACUUCCUGUGCUGCAGUUAAGAUUCGGAGAUACGGGAGAAUCGAAUGAAGCUGGAGAACACACACUUGGACCUCUCAAAUGUAGAGCUACUGGUCACAAAGAUAUAUUCGAAGAUGGUUUCAACGCUCCUUGUAAAUUUGUCACACCUGGUUACAAAGAUAAGUACCCAGCUUCUUUCCUUCGACAUACGUGGACAAUAACGAUAUCUGAAGGAGAUUACAUGGAAUUAGUCUUUCCUGAAUAUGAUGUAGUACAUUACGGAGCAUAUAAUAAUGUUCCCGGUUGCAGAAACGUCGUAACUGUUCAGGCGCAGAAGACGAAUACAAAUGAAAUUGUGACCCUCACAAGACAAAAGACUCCUCCCUACUAUGCGUCAGAUGGAUCCGAGACAACGGUAAAUAUAUCUUUAACUACAUGCAAUCAGGAUCCAAAGUUAAAACUAGGAAAGGGAUUCAAGGCCCACAUUAGGAAAGCUGAAUGUGCUGGAUGUAAUAUUGGAUUAGAACAAGACAAAGGUUCAACGAUCUGUAAUGCAGGAUGUGGAAUCAUUGCUUCAAAAGAGUACCCUUUCCCUUUCCACUACUACUUUACUAUAGAAAACUCUACUGACUAUAGUCAUACUUGGAUCCUGCGUUCCCCUCGUGCUACGGAUGUAGUGGAACUGGAAUUUAGAGACUUCGAUAUACCAGCUGUGCCAGGAUCGAGAAACUGUACCCCAGAGAGCGGGAUUCUUUGGGUAUACAAUGGGGAAGAAAUAAGAUCAGAAAAUCUUAUAGGUGGAUUCUGUAAUCUAAACCGAAGAGGAUUUCUUUAUUCAUUUACAAAUAUUAUGACUCUACAUUUCACCACCAAACUGCGGAAAGUGGGCAAUGGAAGAGGCUUCUGUGCUGUGUACAGGAGCGUACCACCUUCGGAAGAAAUAGCAGUCAACACUGUACUGACCAAUAUUGCUGAAGGAAAACCGGCUAAACAAUCUAGCACACGUGACAGUCGGGGUGCGAAUUUAGCAGUUGAUGGUUUGACUGAUUCGGCAACUGGCUCCGCUCAUUGCACUGCCACUGAAUCUGAAAGAGAGCCUUGGUGGCAAGUGAAUCUUCAGAAACGUUAUCUAAUAUAUGGAUUUGAAUUACACAGCAUGAAGAGCAAAUCACAGUAUAAUGUCGGACCAAUCAAUAAAAAUAUCGGAUCUAAAAUGUGGCCAGAUGGCCAGUACGGAUUGCCAAUGCCUGUAUCCGGUUGUCCAAAUUCAACAGGUUUCAAGUGGCAGACAGGUUACCGUUACCAUGACAUGCAAUAUGAUACUGUUCAAGAUAAUAAAGUUUAUGACUGGUCAAAUGGAAUGCUUUUAAAAGGUGGUCUUCAAAAGCAGUCAUCUAAAGGUGUAACCCAACGAAGAGGUGUACGUCAAUACUUCUGCAUAAAAGACCAGACGCUCUCCAGUCAUAGAUCCCCGCGAGUAUGGCCUCCAGGUGAAUACUGUAUUUACCAGUAUGGUAGGCAAUGUCCCUCAGGAUUUGAAAGUGGUUACAUCACUUGGUUGGAUACGAAGCAAUCGCCGUCAAAUAACAAAAUUGAAGGUAGCGUUCCUCGUGGUAAUUAUACGCAGAAUACAACUACAAUCUAUUUCUGUUGCAGAAGUGAUGGAAGCGCAGAAAAUUACAUCGAACUUCCUACAGCCUCUCCCUUCUACCUUUUGAGACACGGCAAACUGUGCCAAAAGGUAAAAGGAAUGACGCAUUCUUCUCAUUACUUCCAUUUCAAUGAAGACAUUAAGCCCCGGUAUCCUUCGACUGAAAAAUACGCCGAUAUGAUCGAUGGCAUAUCAAAAUAUGGGUCACCUCAUCCAUAUGUGGACAAGAGUCAAUAUGAGAAAGGAAUUAUGCUUUUUUAUUGUUAUUAUGAUAUCUUGGACAGCUUACGAGGCUUUCGUGUCACCGUGGAUGAAACCGGACUCCAAAAGACAUUUGCCCAUUAUUAUGACGACUUAUCUUUUGGAAUUCGUCACACACAAGAAGGGAUGUUCUUGAAUGCUUAUACAUGUUAUGUAUAUCCUGUAAUGAACGAAGAGUUUUCUGUUCUGAGGGCAAAUUGUUCUCAGCCAAUUUACGGGCAAUAUGUAACUAUACACGUCUACAACAGGUUCGACAGUCUGCAACUCUGCGAGAUGAAAAUUUUCGGAACAGAAGCAUGUGGUCAGCCUCUUGGUAUGGCAUCUGAAGAAAUAUUUGACAACCAUAUCAGCUCGUCCUCUACUGUCGAUACAAACAAGUAUUAUUAUACGAGUGGCAGAUUAAAUGCUGACCAUGGAUGGUGCGCUAAAUCUAAUGAUACUUUGAAACAAUUUACGGUGACCUUGCAAAGUAUGACUAAGAUUACUGGCAUUGUUCUCCAAGGUUUGAAAGGAGCGCCGAAAAGAACAUGUGUAAAGAAGUUCCAACUAUUUUUCCUUGAUGAAUCAAACAACUGGAAAUAUGAGGAAGAACCUGUGGGUCAACAAAAAAUUUAUGUAUGUGAGCAGUGUGAAUCACGUAAUAUAUAUACGAAUGACCUAGAAAUCAGAUUUAACCUUCUGAAAGCUAUAACAGCUAAAGUAGUUCAGCUGAAGAUUUUGGAAUAUUAUGAGAAGCCAUGUUUACGCUUAGAAAUUCUUGGAUGCAGAAACAAAGUGAAAUGUGAAUAUAAUCUGAACGAAAUUGAAGGAAAAAUAUCAUCGCCAAACUAUCCUUCCUAUUACGGCCAGGAUAAAUCCUGUUGGUGGAUCAUUGACCCGGGACCAAACAAACACGUGGAUUUGAAUUUUAUUGUUUAUGACUUAGCGGCAAAAGAAGACAGCCUAGAUUCUAGCGCAUGCUGUGAUGAACUUACUGUGUAUCCUAGAUAUGGGAAGAGCCAAAUUAUAAAGUCUCCUGAUGGUAAGCUCUUUCCUAAAAGGAUAAUUUCUAACGGGAAAAUGAAAAUUCACCUGAGCAGUUGUUUCAGAUAUUCUCGCAGCCGAUACAGAGGAUUCGAUGCGCACUAUAAAUUGGUAGAUUGUCCAGGUUGUGGAGUUGGAGAUUUUUACUGUACUGGAAGAUACGUGUGUGAAUCGACUUGUGGAAAAAUUAUCUCUAUAGGCCAUCCUCUGAAUUACCAGAAUAAUCACCGUUGCAGUUGGCUGAUAAGGGUAAAUGAGACGAACUUUGUUAAUUUGACCUUCCAAGAUUUUGACAUUGUUGGUGGAGAAAACUGCCAGCAUGAUUAUUUAGCUGUAUACGAUGGGGAACGAUCCAAUAUAAUUGGUCGAUAUUGCAACGCUAAGAAACCGCCAUUGGUAAUCGUGUCUAGUUGGAACACACUCUUGUUGGAGUUCUCAUCAGAUACAGAGCAUACUGGAAGAGGAUUUUCUCUUAAAUAUUCAUCCAGCAGUUACGAAAUGCCAGCUGAUGUUCAUCCUUAUAAUGCCAUAGAUGAUGUAAAAUGUCCAGAAACCUGGAAAUACUACAAUGGCUACUGUUAUAAGGCGUUUCACGAAAAUGAUACUCUUCAGUGGUACGAAGCGGAAUCUAAAUGUAGAACGUAUGGUGGGAAAGAGAAUAAUGCUCAUCUUGUUAGCAUUUUGGACAAAAAAGAAAAUGAAAUUUUACACACAUUUCUUAUACACGAGUGGAAAGCAAAGCAGAGAUCUUUAUACAUCGGUCUCAGUGAUAAACUCAAAGAAGGUGUAUAUCGUUGGAGCGAUGGAAAUCCUAUGAUAUAUACAGACUGGUCUCCAGGUCGCAGUUUAUUAACUCAGCCAGAUGGUGGAGCAUAUCAAGACUGUACCAUGUUGAAAGUGGAUAGUGGUCACUCAACAGCCCAUUGGCACGACAUUCCAUGUUCAUUAGGAAAGUUAUCAUUUCACAAUUGGGAUGACAUUGAUUGGGGAAACGUAGGCUCAAAUAAGCCAGAAGCCCAAACGGAUAGUUUGUUUUCCAUUAGUAGUUACAUUUGCAAGAUGCAAAGUGAUAACUUUACAGGGAGUAUAGAAGGUUUGUCGCAGCUUCCUUCCGAGAAUGAAGUGGAAAACAUUCUUUUAAACAUAGAUAAAGAAAGGUAUUUUAUAUGUGAAAACAAAGAAAUCAUUUCAAGGGAGUUUGUGUGCAACUUUGUUAAAGAUUGCAAAAAUGGGAGUGACGAAGCAAAUUGCUCUCAAGAUGAAUGUCCAGAAAACACUUUUCGUUGUGAUAAUAGGAAUUGCGUCUCCUUUUAUGCAUAUUGCGAUUAUAAAGAUGAUUGUGGUGACUUCUCUGAUGAAGCUAGAUGCUCCCAUCGAGAAUGUCAGCCUCAUGAAUUUCGAUGCACAAAUGGUCAGUGUAUCCCCUUAGAAGAGAGAUGCGACCUACUGAAAAAUUGCUUUGACAAUUCAGAUGAGGAAAACUGUGUAGGUUCUUGCAGUUCUAACAGAACUUUCCAGUGCUACGAUGGCACUUGCAUUCCCAGGCUUGCACUAUGUGAUGGUUAUAGAGAUUGCCCUGGAAAAUAUCAUGAAGAUGAGCAAACAGGAUGCACUCGAAUGGCAGAUAGAGAAGGAAGAUUGGAAGAAACGAAACUAUGUUCAAGGAGAGCUCGAAAGACGUGUCAAGACUUGUACAUGCUGGAUAACAUCAGAAGGAGCGGCUAUUAUGUGAUUGAUUCUGACGGCUCAGAUGGACCGAUAGCGCCUUUUGAAGUAUACUGUCUUAUCGAUGAGACGACAGGUAAUGUCACAACCAUAGUUCACCACGACUCUGAAAAAAAUAUAUAUGUCCGAUCAGGAAGAGACGGAGCGGGAACUUAUAGGCGGAAUCUCACGUAUUCCGUUGGUAUGGAAAAAGUCAAGGCCCUCACCAAUGCGUCGAAAUACUGUCUUCAAUUCAUCAGCUGGGAAUGCUCGGGAACAGGCUUCCACUUUGAAUCUGACAAACCUUGGGGUUGGUGGGUGUCCUGGAACGGACAGCCUCAGUAUACUUGGGGAGGAGCUAAGAAGAACAAAACUUGCGGCUGUUACGAAACAGGAUGCAAAAACCUCAGCAAUUCCUGCAAUUGCGAUUCUGUCGAUAAAUUUGAAUGGGAAAAGGACGAAGGAUAUUUGGACAACAAGGAUAUUUUACCUGUCAAAGAGGUAAGAUUUGGGUACACAUUCCAGGCAGGCCAGUAUGGCUAUCAUCGAAUUGGAGUUUUGGAAUGUAUCGGGAAUGCCGCGGAAGUAGAGGAAAGCUGCACAAACAGUACAAAUUAUAUGAAGUGUUCCACCGGUCAUUAUGUCAGCAUUGCUUUCAAGUGUAUCUACGAAUUUGAUGAAUAUGAAUCUCAUGUUGGUUGCAGAGAUGUAACACAUUUGAGACAGUGUGAAACUUUUGUUUGCCCCAAAGACUACGUAAAGUGCCCAGGUUCUUACUGCAUACCUUUACGUUACGUUUGCAAUGGGCAAUGGGACUGCAUUGGAGGAGGAGAUGAAAAAGAAUGCGAUUCAUACAGCUGUCCUGGACACUACAAAUGCCAUAAUGGCAGUUCCUGUCUACCGGUGGACAAGCUAUGCGAUGGAAAAAAAGAUUGUCCUAACGGCGACGACGAGCUGUUGUGUGAUAUGGUUUGCCCCGAGAAUUGUGUGUGCUAUGCUCUAUUCGUCGCCUGCUUGCAUCAAAAUGCGUCUGUAUUACCAAGUAAUCUGCCUCAUGAUGUGCGAAAACUAGAUUUCAGUUUCAAUCACCUCGACUUAGAGAAAACAGACUUUUCAUAUUACUGGACUCUCGGAGAACUGAUAUUGCAGCAUAAUCACUUAAGUGUUCUGCCGGGAAAACGUUUUACACGUCUGAGAAACCUCUACAAGCUAGACCUCAGCAAUAAUGAGCUGACAUUUAUUGAAACUUCAGCAUUCGAAGGACUUAUGAAUGUACGUUUAUUGAUCCUGGCGAAUAAUCCUACUAUCACAGAAAUAAAAUCGAAAGCGUUUGAUGGUCUCAAUAGCUUGACAACACUGAAUCUAACUGGAACAUCUCUUAAGAUUUUAAGAACGAAUGUAUUUUAUGGAAUGCCUGAACUAAGGACUUUAAACUUGCAGAAUAAUAAAAUAGAAAAAGUGGAAACCGGUGCUUUUGUUGGACUUCAUUCUGUGACAGUUCUGAAUUUGGAAAAUAAUCCUACGAUCAGAGAAAUUGAAACGGAAGCCUUCCAUGAUCUGACUAAUCUAACUACAUUGAAUUUAACUGGAACAUCUCUGAGAGUUUUAAGAAAGCGUGCAUUUCACGGAAUGUCAAACCUGAGAAUUUUAAAUCUUCAGAAUAACAAUAUAGAAAAAGUUGAAAGCGGUGCUUUUAAUGGACUUUAUUCUGUGACACUCUUAGACAUCAGAGGAAACAAUAUAGAGGAUUUUACAUCUGAUCUCUUUACAGACAUGAAAUGUUUAGAGCAUUUGUACAGUGAUUCAUACACCUUUUGUUGUAUGGCAUCUUCUGUAGUAUCACUACAGAACUGCCUCCCACCAGAGGAUGAAAUUUCGUCCUGUGAAGACCUGAUGAGUAGUCUGGUCCAAAGAUCCUUCUUAUGGGUUCUCGGAAUCAUCGGCCUGCUGAGUAAUCUUUUCGUCAUCAUCUGGCGUUUGAAGACUAAAGAUUCGAGCAGAAUAAGUUCAACCCUUAUCCUCAACCUAGGUUGCGCUGAUUUCCUUAUGGGAAUAUAUCUCAUUAUCAUUGCUAGUGUGGAUGUUUAUUACAGAAGUAUCUAUAUUGAAAACUCCGACAAAUGGAAAAGAAGCAACCUCUGUAAGAUUUGCGGCUUUUUGUCUACAGUUUCCACAGAAGUUUCGGUAUUCACUCUCGCCUUCAUCACAUUAGAUAGGCUAAUCUGCCUCUGCUUUCCCCUUUCCCAGAGAAGGUUCAGUCUUCAAUUCACAUACAGACUUAUUGCUGCAGCAUGGAUUAUAGCCGCCAUCAUGGCAAUCAUACCUCUAGUAGUGGAACCGUAUUUUCAAGGACGUUUCUAUGCACGCUCUGGAGUAUGCCUGGCUUUGCAUAUUACAAAUCACAGACCAGCAGGAUGGGAAUAUUCAGUCGGAAUAUUCUUCUGCAUGAAUACAAUGGCAUUCAUAUUCAUCGUUUCUGCAUAUUUUUACAUGUAUAUUACAAUUAGGAAGUCAUACAGAAACAUGAGUCGACUUGUGUCUCGCCAAACAACAGAAAACACAAUUGGAAGGCAAAUGGCACUGAUUGCUUUGACAAAUUCUAUGUGUUGGUUUCCCAUUAUACUUAUGGGAUUGCUAGCUAUGUCCGGAAUCAGAAUUCCUGGAGAAGCUUAUUCGUGGAUUGCCAUUUUUGUCCUACCUUUGAAUUCGGCUACCAAUCCUCUGAUAUAUACUAUAUCAUCUCUUCAUAUCCAACAGCGAUUAUUAUCAAGAUUUGGCCUUAAUUCAGAAGAUGGAAAAGGUGCAUAUGACAGCAAGAAAACUAGUUUAAAUCCGAUUUCAGACAAAACCAAGCGUGUGAUGCUAAGAGAUCAACUUGACUCUCGUGCCUUUAAGCCUCCUCAUGGUUACAUUUCUCUUCUGCAAUAUUUAAGAACCGUGCCAGGCCUUAGACCUCGCCAUCUCUUGAAAAUUUCUGUAUCUAUCUGCAAAAUGUUGACAGAACUGCAUGCAAACAGAUAUGCAUUGGGAGGUAUUGACGUAAAUGCUGUUUUCGUAAGCGAGAAUCCGGGCGGCAGUGAUGAAAUUCAUGUUUACGUACCCGAUAUCAACGCUUAUAAAAUAGUCUCAACUCCUAUAAAUGGCAUGCCUGAUGAUACGGCGGUGGAUAUGGAAGAGUUUGGUCUUUUGCUCAAGAAAAUGCUCAGAGUGUACCACGUGGUUACCAGAUCAAACGAUCCAAUGCAAGGCACUGCUUGUUAAUAAACUCUGAAUCAUAAAAUAUUUCAGCGAAAAAAAUUCAGCAAUGAAUGAAACUCUGAAGCAGAAUAUUAAAUAUAUGAUUUUCUUCAGUUGUUUCACUCGUUUUAUAUGUUCAUAUGUAAUGAUUCUGAAAGAAAGUUUUGGACCAGUGAUAAACUGGUGGUAAUGAUUUUGUAUGAAAUUAUUCAAAAUAAAGGCGAAAUCAAUUUGCUUA